AUGGCUUCAGCCGAAGAUGCUCCCCCAUCGACUCAGGCCGACCAAGGCUCGCUCCAUGUCUUACAAUUGUUCGAUGAUAGCUUCACGGUUCUUACAUUUGAAGACCGCCUGGCGCUAUACCUAAGGACCGCGGAACGAGCUCAUGAGCAAAUUCAGUCUUCAAGGAUGCUACUCCGAGGUCUCGGAGCGGAAGUUUCAAUCCCAAAAAAGAAAUCCAUCGAAAAGACCAUCAGUGAGACUGAAUAUCAUGCUCGAAUUCUUGCACAAGACCUGGAUCCCGCAAAAUCCGAAUCGUCUUCACCUCAAGACAUUAUCAGACAAUCCCGACUGUUCUUGGUCCUUCGCUCGGAGAACCACGAGGUGUCCAAAGAUCUGGAAAGCCUUCACCACGCUUGCAAGGCUCUUGACGAUAUUAUCGAGUCAUGCAAAUCAGUCCGAGCCAAUUCAGUAAAGCGGAAACCACUUCAGUCAUCUGUCACUCCAUCUCAACCACUUCCGGUGGCACCAACGCCAGCAAUCAGAGUCGAUGCUGUAAUUGCUGAACAACCAUCAAUGUCGCAGCAAACUGACGAUUUCCUAAAUGGUUUACCACCUCUGGAUGCCACCAAGCUAUUACACCAUAGGAGGACUUCGAGACUAAGGAACAGGAGUACGAGUCAAUUGGGAAGGCCCAAUGAAGGCUCGCCAGGCCAACAACCCGGUGAUUCCCAACAAUACCUGCUUCCAGAUGAUCCCGCUGAACUACCAGGAUGGCCUGCAAUACCAAUUCCACCACCAACGGCACGUGGCUAUGUAUUUAUUCCAACUCUUACUUCAAUGCCUGAGCUUGAAGCACCGAGCGAGAUAAUAUCUGUUACAAAGGCCAAACCAGAUUAUGCUGCCAGCCUCAGGUCUCCCAUCAUAGAACCUGGCGUACAUCAACUCCAGCAAAACGAUAAACCUAUCGAUGGAAUUGCUGAUCAACCAGCCGUUCAACCUACUGAGACAGUGUUGCCCUUGAAGCAGUCCUUGGAAAAGCCUCAACAAACGCCUUUCAAACUGAAAGAGACACCUGAUUCCACCUUACCUGUUGCAGCACAGGACACGCCAACUACUACUCAAAAUGCAGCCAACCCCCAAGGAAGCGUUUCAUCCCCACGAAAUUCAAUUGUUCAGGUGUCUGAUGCCCAGCAUGGAACAAGUCGUCGGAACUCCGCCAUUUCGGAAAGGCCACAAUCGCUGCUUUCCUCGGUGCCAGAAAAUCAGAGUUCUGGGUCCGCAAUUUCACCACCUUCAACAACGAAUUCUUCUCGAGUUUCAGAGUCACCAGUUGUAAAGUCUGCAAGUACCCGAAACAGGUUAAGAAAGAACCCAUAUGCUCUUGCUGGCAGAUCAAACAUUUAUCUUGCCAACUCUAUUGACGAGGCAGCAAGUGCUUCCAACAUACCAUCCGCUUCACAACCAGGUAAUCCGCAGAGAACAUUGAGUACUUCUGCGUUAGCCACGACCAACCAGGAUUCGCAAACAACUCUCCGCCAAGUCCCUUCUGUCUCUGUGAAAACGGGACAGGCCCUUGAUAAAGAAUCUCACCAGAUUUCUGAGGCGACCAAAACCCCAUUGUCAACAAAUCAGGUCACCAGUUAUACCCCCACACUUACUUCUUCGCCUCAAUUCCAAACCAGUAAAUCAUUCACGAUCGUCUCUCCGCCAGUAUCACCAAGCAGGGAAGUUUUCCAGCAGCAAUUUGAAAAGUCAAGAUUUAAUGAUUCAAAACGAAAUUCCAUCACAUCCAUAGCUUCUGCACCACCUGCAGCUGGAUAUCUACCACGCAAACAACACCAAAGCGCCUACAUAACUCAACAGCAAAUCAAUGAUGCUCACGAGAGUCGACUUCAUCAAGUUCAGAAUCGCACGUACAGUCUUCCUGAGACCAGUCAGCACAAGAAGAAUCCCUCAAUGGACGAACGCUGGACGCCACAGCGUGCUCAGACGCAGAUACCAGAGCAAUCCGAGAUGGCUCAUCAUCAUGCCUAUGCGUCAAAACUGGCAAGAGAAGCGAGAGAAGAACGCAUGAGUUCUCCGUCAAACGUCCCCAAUACCAGCGUGGCAAGGACACCUAUUCCACCUUACCCCAUGACACCCAUUCAAGGACCGAUUGAAUCAUUGCACCGUGAGCCAAUGCCAGCCGUACCGACAAGAAUGCCGAUCCCAGAAAAGCAAGACUCUCUACCAGCGAUACAAUCACAAACAUCUCUAGGGAAACAACCGGAAGCACGUUCAUCAUCGGCGCCUGUAGCUUCUCAUCGACUGUCUGUUCGAUUUCCUCAACAUAAUCCACGAGGAGAGAUGGUGGAUCCAUCAACGCAAGAGGUCAUAGCACGUCAAUCAGUAUAUUCCCAGCAACAAGCACAAUCUCAUAAUCCCCAGACUACACCACCUGUCGCACAAAAUGCUCCAGCCUCGAGACAGCAAAGCCAAACGCUUCCACCUCAACAUCCAAUCAACCAUCAAUCAAAUCAUUACCCACAGCAGCAGCAACAGCAGCAACAGCAGCAACAGCCACAUCAACCACAAAUGCAAUAUCAACCACAAACCACAAUUCCCACGAAAAUGGGGGGACCUCCCAUCCCACCCAAGAUCAACCAACAACAGCCACAACCACAUCCAGCAGUCCCUGACCCCGACCUGCACCGCGAACGCAGCACAUCCGGCACGAAAUCAACCAUCUCAUCCCGUAGCUCCACCUUCGGCCUCCCCCAACAGCACCAACAGCAGCAGCAGCACCUCUCUCAGCACCCGUCGAUGAACUACCGCACCGCAUCAAGCUCCACGCUCUCUGCCAAAGUUGGCAUAGUAGGCGAGGGUGCGGGCGGCGGCGGAUCAAGUAACGGCUCGACAUUCGGCGCCGGGCCGGCUGUGGGCAUGGCGCGCAAACGCAGCUCGUGGUUGACGAGGCAGGUUGAGCGUGCUGGGUUGAAGUCCUUUUAG